UGUCCCAUGUCUGUCAUGUGAUAUUCAUACAGCUUGAAAAAGUGCCUUCUUCGUGAUCACUUAUUUAUAAUUUUGUGUUUUACAUUCAAAUAUUCAACCUGCUGAUCACGGCAGACCUACAGUAUUACCAGUAAAAUAUAUAAAGUGUUUUAAAAAUGGUUGAAGCCUACGUUCCCCCCGUUAUUAUCACAGCCAUUUGGGCUUUUAUUGGUAUUGUCUGCCCCUUCUUUGCUCGCGGCCCUAACAGGGGCGUUACACAAUGCUGCAUUAUGCUUACUGCUGUUACCUGUUGGCUCUUUUGGCUAUGCUGUUAUUUGACGCAAAUGAACCCUCUAAUUGGCCCGAAACUAUCCAUGAACGAAAUUAUGAUUAUGGCCCGCGAAUGGGGUAACGAAAUUAAGGAUCAUAUGGAUGUUGUAGUUUAACAAAAUAUGUGUCAUUCCUUUAAAAGUUUGUUAAUUUUUCUUUGAUCAGUUUUUGUUCCACCCUCAAAUGUGUUAAUCAAAUUUUUCUUUUAAAAACUGUUUAA